AUGAUAUCUAUCUAUCUAUCUAUCUAUCUAUCUAUCUAUCUAUCUAUCUAUCUAUCUAUCUAUCUAUCUGUCUUCUUUCUUUCUUUUUAUUGUUUUUUUUUCUUUUCGUUCAACCGCUUUUUUCAACGUAUUUUUUUCUUUCAACCGCUUUCUUUCUUUCUUUCUUUCUUUCUUUCUUUCUUUCUUUCUUUCUUUCUUUCUUUCUUUCUACUGUUUUCUCUCUCUUUAUUUUUCUCUUUCUUUCUUCCUUUUCUCUUUUUUCUUUCGUUUUCUUUUUUAUUUAUUUCUUUCUCUUUCUCUUUUCUUUCUUUAACUCUCUCGUUUUUCUUUCUCUAUUUCUUUCUUUCUUCCUUUUUCUUUCUUCUUUUCUUUCUUUCUUUCUUUAUUUCCCUCUUUCUUUCUUUCUUUCUUUCUUCCUCUUUCUUUUUUCUUUCUUCUCCUUUUUUCUUUUUUCUUUCUUUCUUUCUUUCUUUCUCUCUCUCUCUAUUUCUUUAUUUCUUUUUCUCUCUCCUUUUUUCUUUCUUUCUUUAUCUCUCUCUUUUCUUUAUUUCUUAUUUAUAUCGUUUAUUAUAA